AUGGCCGCAGUAGAAAUUCCACAGCCCCACAAGAGAACAAAUUGCCCCGAUAUGACGAUCACGAAUUGGAGCUCGAGAUACAGCGGAACCACGCAUGUCGGAACCGAAAUUGAGAAGAAACUGGAGCCCAAAACGACGCCGUCCAAGAGGGCUAUGGAGGAUACGAUGUUCGUGGCCUUGGGAAGGGAUGCGAAUGAGAGUGAGUCAGUUUUGAUGUGGGCUUUGCAUAAUUUCAGUGGGAUGAGGAUUUGUGUGCUCCAUGUUCAUCAACCAGCUCAGAAGAUCGCCACGAUGGGUGGUGAAGUUUCGAUUAGUCCAAUCGAAGAACGCUUAAUCAAAGCACGCCAUGAAAUAGAAAAGCAAGAUAUGCAGAAGACGCUUGACAAGUAUAUUUGGAUUUGUGAACAGGCUGGGGUGCGAGCAGAUAAACUAUGCGUGGAAAUGGACUCCAUUGGGAAGGGUAUAGUGCACCUCAUUGCCAAGCAUGGUAUCAAGUGUCUUGUCAUGGGUGCAGCUAUUAAUAAAAAUUAUUCACGAAAGAUGAAGGAGCCCAUGUCUAAGAAGGCAAUCCACGUGCUAAAAGAAGCACCUGAUUUCUGCAAAAUUUGGUUUAUAUGCAAAGGAAACCUUAUACAUACAAGGGAAUGUAAAAGUGAGACCGACUCUCAGUCAUUUCUAGCAAAUCCAACUACUGAAGCUAUAGAGUCCUUGAGAUCACUCUCGGUUGGAGAAGGGAUGAGGGGUCCAAGAAAAUUGCAGAACUCUGCAAUAAAGUACAAUGGGGCCAAGUCUGACAUUCAUGGGAUGCAGCCUUUACCACCAAAUUCGGAAUGGAGCUCCGAAUGUGAGACUCUAUCAAGGAAAAGUCCUUCAGUAGACUUGCGCAUUUCCACGUGCUCGUCGAGUGAAAUUGAAGAGGAACAGAAUGCGAAUGAAUUGUACGACAGACUAGAGCAAUUUUUGGCAGAAGCCGAAAGUUCACCUAAAGAAGUUUAUGAUGGAUCCAUCAAGCAUAAGAAAGCUGAGAAAGAUGUCAUUGAUGCCUUUCGCAAAGCCAAAGCAUCGGAAUCAAUGUAUGCAGAGGAGCUAAAAUGCAGAAAGCAGCUUGAAGAAGCUCUUGACAGAGGUAAAAAAGAUGUUGAGAAGAUGAAAAUGCAACUAGGUGAGGUCAUGGAAGAGCUCAGAAUUGCGCAAGAACACCAAUCCUCCUUGGAAUCCCAAAUUGCCAAUUCAGAUAAAUCAGUUGAGGAUUUGAAACAAAAGAUGUUUUCUGCCGUGGAACUUUUGAAAAAGUUCAAAAUGGAAAGAGAUGAAUUGCAGGUCCGGCGUGAUUAUGCACUCAGGGUAGUCGAGGAGCUGAGAGAUAAACAAGCUGAGGAGGCAUCAAGUUCGUCUAUAUCUCAGUUUUUCUCGAUUUUCUCUUUUUCUGAAAUUGAAGAGGCCACACGGAACUUUAGCGAAGGCCUGAAGAUUGGUGAAGGGGUUUACGGAAGUAUCUAUAGAGGGAACGUUCGGUGUACUCAAGUGGCUGUGAAAGUGCUAUAUCCAAAUUGCUCGAAAGGACCUAUUGAAUUUCGACAGGAGGUCAACAUACUGAGUAAGCUGAGGCAUCCGAACAUAAUCACCCUCAUAGGAGCCUGCCCCGAGGCAUGGGCCCUCGUUUACGAGUACCUCCCAAACGGUAGCCUUGAGGACCGCCUCAAUUGCAAAAACAACACAUCCCCACUCCCCUGGAAAGCCCGUCUCCGUAUAGCCUCCGACUUGUGCUCGGCCCUCGUCUUUCUCCAUUCCCGCCGCCCUCAACCCAUUGUUCAUGGCGACUUGAAACCCUCCAACAUACUUCUCGACACUAACUUUGUGGCCAAGUUAAGCAAUUUCCGCAUAUGCGGCGAGCUCCAAGAAAACGAGCUCCUUGGAAAUAACACGAAAGGGACGUUGGUUUACAUGGACCCGGAGUUUCUUGCAUCGGGUGAGCUUAGUGUGAAGUCAGACGUGUAUUCGUUCGGGAUAGUGUUGCUAAGGCUUUUGACAGGGCGGCCCGCAUCGGAGAUCGCGAGGGAAGUGCAGUACUCGCUGGAUAAGGGGAGCAUGAAGUUUUUGCUGGACCCCACGGCUGGGGACUGGCCGUUUGUGCAGGCAGAGCAGCUAGCGCACUUGGGCGUGAGCUGCACUGACGUGGACCCUAGUAGACGCCCGGAUCUUGUUUCGGAGGUGUGGAGAGUGCUCGAGAAUAUGAAGGCAUCAUGUUCAGGGUUUUGUUAUGGGGAGAAGGGCCAGAUACCGGCGUAUUUUGUGUGUCCCAUCUUUCAGGAAAUCAUGCAAGACCCAGUGGCUGCAGCAGACGGGUUUACUUACGAGUCGGAGGCUCUCAAGGGAUGGCUCGAGAGUCACGAUACGUCACCUAUGACCAACGAUAAGCUCACAAACCGUGACUUUUUGCCCAAUCAUGCUUUGCGUUCCGCAAUACAGGAGUGGCUCGCAAAAUCUUGA